AUGGUAAGCUUUGACAAACGCCUCAUCCAGGCGUCUGUGGAAGCACAAGUAGCAUCGACAAUCAGGUCAAUUAAACUUUUUUUUCAGGCCCACGGGACAAAACUUCAGCACAUCAUGCUAGCGGCCUCUAAUAGGAGACCGCGCGCUGGAAUGUGCACUUCUCGUGGUGACACUGUAGACUAG